GCGAGGCAAGCGUGGUUGGCUGGCAAAAGUAGGCCGCGCUGAAACAAUCGACCAUCGCGUAACAUUGAGCGAUCGAAGCUCGAGUAGCGCGUACCGACCAGUCGAUUUUCGCGUUGGAUCAAUUGAUUUUUCAUCAUUUCCAUUGAGUUUUUCGCCGAUUUCAAUAUCGAUCGAGGCGUGGAAUGCCUUUGUAGAGUGUUUGCAUCGGUUGGAUACAUCCAUUCGGGUCAGCGUCGUGUGGUAUAUUAUGGUUUUGGCAGAUAAAAGCAUUACCAUGGACUCGAUGCCGCAGACAGUGCCUUCGGCGGGUUUUACACCACCUUGCGACUACAGUAACUUCGCAGAAAACUUCGACUUAUCUCUUUUACCUGGAGGAGAUCAACCUAUCCCAACCACACUCGGAUUUUACCAUACAGGUUCCGAAAAACAGACACAACCAAAAAUAUUCACAACAUUUUAUCCCAGCUCCCCAGAAAGCCAGUCCUUGACCUCCGACAAUGAAUUCUCCCCCGACUUUCAACCGGACUUUCAAAAGCUCUUAGGCGAUAACAAGAAAUAUUUAUCGGCACAAUCGCCAAUUCAUUUGGAAGUGCCCCAGCCUAACUCGCUAGGACACCACUCCACUCCAGGAUCUCUGUCUCCUUACUCCCCAAGUUCGCAAGGACUUUUAUCCCCUAACGAUCAGUAUUCGACGUACAGAGAUCAAACGUUUUAUCCUAGUUCCCCUGAAUAUUCCUUGUAUACCUCCAGUCCCUCUUCGAUUUAUUCCAAAUCGCCUUGUGAAGAAUAUCUUCAUAGCGGAUACAUAAAGAAAGAAGAUACCUAUUCGAAUUCUACGUCUCCUUUGCCAAACUUUUCUCCGUUUUCUAUCAAAGAAGAGAAUUUCUUACCCAAUCUCAGUCUAUCAUCGCCAGUUUCCCCUGCGGCAUCCAAUUAUUCUUGCGGCUCCUCCCCAGAACAAAUAUCGCAGCAAAGCGGAAUUUUCGAUCCCCAAAAACAAAUCAAGCAAGAGAGCACGGUGGAUUUCAGCGAGAUAUUGGGCGAGUUUCCAAGCACGGAUACUCUUCGUAGUCUGCUCCAACAGAAACCUCAAGAUACCCUGUUGCAAACGGUUCCAGAUACUCCAAAAGACCAUCAGUUAUUGCGUCAAGUGUUGAGAGACACAAGCUUCCAAAAGAAGUUUAACAUUCGACCAAUCGAUUUUUCUUUUGUGAAUGGCGACAUCAAAAUGGAGGACGGUUGUGAUGGUGAUCAGGCUGACCUGAUGAUGGGCUGUGAGGAGCAGAUCUCCAGAGAGAGUAUUGAACCUGUUCUCACCAUGGCUAUCGAACAGAUGAGAAAAGAUGUUGGAGAGACCUGUUCAGCUUUAGGAAUUUCACCAGAUCCUGCAGUUUGGAGUCCGUCAGAUGUCUUAUCUUGGAUUCGGUGGACUUCAAGGCAGUUCAAUUGUCCAGAACCCACAGCAGAAAAUUGGGAGAUUUCUGGUUCAAACUUGUUGCUGUUAUCUGAAAAAGACUUUACAAACAGAGCUCCACAAGGAGGCAUGAUCUUGCAUGCACAGUUGGAGAUCUGGAAAGCAGCAUAUUCAGAAGAAAGCGUUAAAAACUGGAUACCCGAAACUACUUCUGGAAACGCAUCUGGUGGUGACAUUUCGGAAGAUGAGGAUGAAGAAGUUCAACCUCCAUCCGACCAAAAUAAACCCACCACUUCCAGAACAGGAACCCACAUCCACCUCUGGCAGUUCCUCAAGGAACUCCUCUCCACUCCCCAAACUCACGGCUCCUGCAUACGAUGGCUGGACCGCACCAAGGGCAUUUUCAAGAUCGAGGAUUCGGUCAAAGUGGCCAGACUGUGGGGCAAGCGAAAGAACAGACCCGCCAUGAACUACGACAAACUGAGCAGGUCGAUCAGACAGUACUACAAGAAAGGCAUCAUGAAGAAGACUGAGCGAUCGCAGAGGCUGGUUUACCAGUUCUGCCAUCCUUACAACCUGUAAGGAUUGAAGCAGCGUCUGUGACCUCAGCGUAUGUCGUCAUAGACAAGUUUGACUAUCUGUCGUUCAAAACUUGUAGGUCAUUUGAUCUCACUUUGUUCUGACAGUGCAUUUUGGACGAUCCGAUCGUCGGACUAUAUGUAUACUUACAGUACUGUAUAAAAACUAUCAUUAUGGGGUUAUAUUUGUAGCGGUUUAGGGUAUUAAGGUGUAGGUUUAUCGGUAAAUUAGUCACUUUGAAGUUAUCGAAGUGUUUAAGUAAUUUAAAACAACGCGGGGUAUUACCGCUUGUUGUGGUACACGUUUUCUAAGCGUCGUACUAUUUUUCGGAAGGUAAUUUCCAAAUAUUUCAAAUAAAAUAUUUACCAGUGAGUAAAACUCCGUUUAAAGAACAUUUCGUUUAUCUCAGACUUUGUAUUUUUCCUAGCUCAUUGGUGCUCGAGCAAAAAAAAAUGCUUUAGAGCUCAUUAGUUAGGAGAAAAAAAGUUUAUUUGGACGAUGUGCUACGCUUUUUAUGGUGUGUGAAAACUGGUGAUCUUGGUCCUAUAUAUCUAUGAUAUAUUAAAAUAAUGUAAGUUCUGUGAACGAGUUUUCUUAGUAUAAGAAAAGUAUAAUUGAAACAAAGAUAUUUUGUAAGUUAAGUCAAGUAGUUAUUUAAUUAUAACAGAAUAUAGAUUAUUCUUCUGAGGCAAUAUGUUUUAUUUUUAAGAUUUUAUGUUCUUUAUAUCUAGUAAUUAAUCAUAUAAUUUAUAGCGUACAAUAUUAUUUAUUUUGGUAUAAAACCUAUAUGUGUAGGAGUAUAUACCUGAUUAUACAAUUAUUUACACUUAAUAUUUAUGUACUUAUUUAUUAAUUUAUGAAUUCGAAGUAGCAUGAUAUAUUAUUAAUUAUAUUAGUAGUUUUUACAAUUUUUGUAUAUCAACUUGUAUAGAAUAACAACAUAGAUGCUGUUUAUAAUGCAAUAAAGAGACAGAUUUAGAACACUA